UUAACUGGAAGUGUGUUGCCUCAUAAGUCGGACUCAGCAUUUCCGAACGCAUGUGAUACUGUCAACGGAAGUGAAGAAGCCAUCGCCCAUUUGAAGGGACCAAGAAAUAACAGGAUGCGUGAAUACAAAAUUGUUGUGUUGGGUAGUGGUGGUGUUGGAAAAUCAGCAUUGACAGUGCAAUUUGUACAAGGCAUAUUUGUUGAAAAAUAUGACCCGACAAUCGAGGACAGCUAUCGGAAACAGGUGGAAGUGGAUGGCCAACAAUGUAUGCUGGAAAUACUGGAUACUGCAGGAACGGAACAAUUUACAGCUAUGAGAGAUUUAUACAUGAAAAAUGGACAGGGAUUUGUAUUAGUGUAUUCUAUCACUGCACAAUCAACUUUCAAUGAUUUGCAAGAUUUACGAGAACAAAUUCUUCGAGUGAAGGACACUGAUGAUGUGCCCAUGGUGCUAGUGGGCAACAAAUGUGAUUUAGAAGACGAACGUGUUGUUGGGAAGGACCAAGGUGUAAACCUUGCUCGACAAUUUAAUUGCGCCUUCAUGGAGACCUCAGCCAAAGCAAAAAUAAAUGUAAAUGAUAUAUUUUAUGAUUUAGUAAGACAAAUUAAUAAGAAAUCUCCAGAAAAGAAACCAAAGCCAAGAAAGAAGGCUAUUUGUGUUCUUCUGUAAGAAUGCAGGAACAGACCAGAUAAUGUGUGUCAACCCAAACUGUGUAUAACUCAAUGCCUGACCUGAUACAAAGCAUUUGAAGCAGUUCCCAGUUUGUAAUUUUGGAAAAUGUUAAUUUGGUGGUGAAGUCUCGGAUGUUAUGGUACAAGACUUUGGACGGAUAUUUCCUUCCAUUGCUCACAAGUGCACAAGAUCUUUGUCCCACUGUCUCUUCGGACUAUCCAGUAUCCAAAUGAUGGACAAAAAUGUCUACAGAGGCCUAUCAAGAGAGAAAGUUUCGCAGUUCCUACUGCAGUCAUCAUAUCAUCUCUGCCUUGAGCUCCAGGAUACAUCUGUCUUGACAGGAAUAGAGGUCAUAACCUAAAAAGUAAAAAAAUUAAUCAGAGUAAUGAAAGGUUGUAGUGAAACUACAUUCUCUUUUUCAUUCGGUGGCCUUAAUACUUUAUGUACAAUAUACUAUAGUUCAUCCUUUGUAAAUCCUUUAGUCUUUGUGGAAAGAUCAAAGCUCGAUGGCAGAAUACCUGCUUCUGUAAAUGGCAGUGCUUAAGACUUGAUUGAAAUAUGUAUCUAUUUAUCCUUGUACACCUGUCCUCCAUCUUCUGGUAAAUGUUUUGAAAAUUAAUGUAUAGUAUGUGGGUGUCAGGAUUGUAAAUUUGUGAAGGAAUUGUUUGACCAUGAAAGUCAAGGAGAUAAGUUUUGAUUUCCUGUGUGAGGAUAGAAAUAACUAUGUGGCCGUGUGUUAUAUACCUUAUGAAAAACCUUAUAAAGGCAUUGAACCUCAGUGUCUCAAAGAGUGUCAGAUAAAAGAAUUUUCUUUAUCUGUUCUGAUAACAAAACUUGUUUUCAGUGUAUACAAUAUGUAAUUCUUAUUUUCAUUUGUUAAGUCAGAUGGAUGUAUUUUGAAAUGUUGCUUGUUAGCUAUAUUGUAAAUUAUUUGUGAUCUUUAUUAUUAUUAUUAUAAUAAUUAUUAUUAUUAUUUUCUAUCAUGAAUUCAUAAGCCAAUGAUUUGUCUACACUGUCUUUCUUAUAAAUCUUGGUUCCACAGGCUCUUUUCUGUGGGCAUGCAUGUAAAUGUGUGAAUGGGUGGGUAUGUGUUACAGGGUGGAAAGGUGCACAGAAAUAUGUACAUGUGCAAAUGCACAUUGUUAGGCUAGACAGAUUAGAUUACCUUUUUAUGGCCACUGAUAAUGUGAGCAUCUUAGCAGUUGCAUGCAUGUGUGUGUGUGUGCGUGUGUGAAAGUGUGUCAAUCGUUAUUUUAAUUUCUUUCUUUCAGAUUUGCUCUAGAGAAAAUAAUAUUGUUGCUUUCACUGUAUGUGUUAUAUAUUUUGUGUUCAGUUUUUAAUUUUGGAUAACAAAUUUUAAAGAUUAUUGUAUCAUUCAUUAAUUGGGGUACUCUGGUAAUUAUGAAAUGAACCAUUCUGUUAAAAUCUUCAUUGACAUGUAGAUACUACAAACAAUCCAUUCACCGUGGUUUCAUGUAUCCAAAUACUUCCACUAACAGUGAGUGAGGGAAUUGUAUGUUCCAUAAUUUUUGAAGAAUGAUACAUUUGUUUUACAACUCCAUGGAAACACUUUUCUAAGAUAAAAUUCAUCAGAAAUAUUCAGUGUCAGUGUUCAGUUUUGUUAUAUUACCAUUGAUAGUUGUCAUCAGAGAUAUAUUUAUUUGUGUGAUCCAUUCUGUAUCUGAAAUUUAUGUGUGUGUGUAUAUUAUAUAUGUACACACACAUACAUGCAUACACGUACAUACAUACAUAUUAUAUAUAUAUAUAUAUUGGGCAAGUGAAAAUUGUCAUGGCUAAAGACUCCAGGAUGUAAAUGAAGCUUCCAAGUGUUACCAUUUAGUGACAGCAUGAGAGAUUGAUACGAGACUUUUCCCAAAAAAUCUUGUAAGUGAAUGCUGUUGAUUUGUUGGGAAUCAGAAAAAGAACAAAGCAUCACCAUAGCAGUGUUGAUAAUAAAAGCAGAAGCCCACAGUUAUCAACCAUAAAGUAAUUGUUUAUUGUAAUUGCUUUGUUGAAGUGAUAAUAAAUAAUUUUUCUGUAUAUUUUCACAGUCCCUGUCGUCCAUCUCUUAACCUUUACAAUCACCCUGCCCCAUUUAUAUGUAUUAAUGUUUAUUCUUAUAAAAAUUAUAUUUUCAUGAUGCAGUGGAUGAUUGGAAAGAGAAAUGUGUUUACUUACAUUAUUUGAGCCACUUAGUAUAUGAAGAAAGAUUCAAGAUAAUGUUGAAUGCCAAACAACGUGCUCUUGAGGGAACAAACUGAAGUUACCAUUUUAUUUGUGAAAUUUAUGAUUAAUAUUCUUGUGUACCAUUCAAUUUUUCACUUUAUCCAGUUCAAAUGUAACAAUUAAGUCCUGAAAUGAAUGCAGAUAGAAUAAACAUGAAAAGCUAAAUUCAUCUCUACUUGUACAUAUUCAUUAAAUAACUAAAUCUCUUAAAGGAAUUAUGAGGUUUAUGUUUGAAAGAAAAGCUUAGUGCUUAAAAAAAAAGUUGAACCUGCUUAAAAGGUAUAAAAUCUUUUCCGAAAUAAAAAAAAAAAUUGUUAAAUAUUUUCCCAUUUAGUUUUAAAUUGUUGUAACAAUCCUUUGUAGUAAUGAUCCUUUGAAGUAUUUAAUAUAAAGAAAUUAAAAAUGUUCAAAAAAUAAAAUUUGGGGAGGGGAAAUCUUUUGGACAGUGUUCUACUUGGCACCCCAGUAUCUUGCACCUGUUCAGUGUGUAAAUCGAGUGCCAUUAAUUUAAAUUGAUUGUGGGCAUUGUUUUGAAUGAUUUCAUUGCACGCCCAUGUGUUAUCCCAAUGGCAUGAGAAAGACACUGUGAUAAACUGUUUGGGAAAGUGAAUGUACCCAAACAAUGGAUGAUUGAUUGUUACUUGUGCUGUGUAAGGUGAAUAAUUUCUGAUUGAUGUGGUAAAAUUGUUAUUAGGUGAAUUGCAAUUGCUCUUAUUGUUAGAUCCAGAAAUGCAAAUAAAGGCAAUUUGCUGAUGUUGCUACAUAACAG